AUGGAAUUUACACAAAACAAUCAUUUGACGAUGCGCAGACAGACAGGAAUAAGAGAGAAGAAACCCUAUCUGCGUUACGUUUCUAAUCAGAGAAUUGUCAUGGACAGCGAGUUGACAGUGCACCCAUCAUACCCAUCAUGCGGCGUAUGUGGAAAGGAGUUUAGCAGUAAUAGCGUACUGGCGGUACACCAGCGGACGCACACGGGCGAAAAACCGUACGAUUGUAACGACUGUGGUAAGUCAUUCUCUCAAAAAACCGAUUUGGUUAACCACUUGCGGACGCAUACAGACAAGAAGCCGUACGACUGUCACGCGUGCGGUAAGUCAUUUUCUCAAAAAAAAGUAGUUUAA